AUUUCGCGUUAGCAUAGUAAGCCCGAAGACUAAGAGAAAAUAACAAGACAAAGGCUUGUUAUGAUUUCGUCUCGUGCCGGAAUGUUUGUGCAUGUGCAGUUUCCAAACAUUAAUCAGCAAAUACUGUGGAAGUGAUCAGAUGACCUGCGCUCAAAUAACAGCUACCGAGCUCUGAGUUGUGUGCAUUUUAACCUUUGCCUUGUGUAUUUCUUCCAUUAUGUACUCUAAUAGUGCGAUGUUUAUAGAGCAUAAUGUACGGAUUUGAUAUCUUAUUUGUCAUCGUGCUUUGGUGGCCAACAAAUCUUCAAGGAAGUGGGGUGAACGCUAACGAGUACUUUGUUAAUGAUAUUCUCAAUCCUGUGAAUACUGAGUUUGACUUAUGGCAGCAGCAGCGCAACGCAAGGGUUGCUAUCCGGACCAAUGAGCAGGUUGAAUGUGAACGACCCGAUAUCUAUUUCUGCGAGGAACAACCGAACCUAAUCGAUGUGGACGUGAUUAAAACGUGCAACUUUCGCAAUGUACGUUUCCACGAACAGGUGUACAGAUGGGUGGCCGGGCGUGGCUGCUUGCUCUUCACCCCUGACUUCCUGUACGCGGCCGGCUUCAACAACCUCAACUUGAACACUUCAUGCUUCUACAGAAACCUCCGUGCGCCUUGCUUGGAACUCCCUAAGGAAGACGGGACAUGUGGAUGUUACCCCUUCGACCCUGGCUUGGAGGAAGUGACGGCGGCGGUCAAUCAAGCGUUGAUCCCGUCAGCUCACGGCAGGUGGGAGAGGUGCUUUCAAGCCGCUUCCGAUUGCUGCACCAAUUACAUGCGUGCUUCUGACUACAAUAGUACCGAAGACGAGUGCCACGCUACAUUCGACGGUUGGACUUGCUGGCACGCGGCGGAGGCCGGCACCACGGUGCAGGAAGUCUGCUCCGAGUUCGCUUAUUCCAACGUGGGACCUUCAUGUCACCAUUUCAGUAGCAAAAGGUGUUUCGCCAAUGCGACAUGGGAACUUCAAACCGAUUACAGCACUUGCAGCAUCACGCCGCGCCUACUGCGCCGUUACUAUUACCACAUUGCGAUGCUAGCAUUCUCCAUCGUCCUAUGUCUUCCCGCUGUUAUCAUAUUCUUCUACUACAAGCGAUUGAGAAUCGACAGAGUAGCGUUGCACAGGAAUUUGCUCAUUGCUAUCAUUAUGAGGAACGUUCUUGUCAUCAUUAGUAGGACUACGAUUUACAUAGACGAGAUAACGAACACAGGCGACACCACUCUGUCCAACCAUAGUGUCGCGUGUCGCAUUCUCAGCAUAGCGGAGAGAAUCGCCGGCAACGCUGUGUUCGUAUGCAUGCUAGUCGAAGGCAUUUACUUACACAGACUCAUAGUAGCGGUCUUUAGGAAGAAGUUGAAUGUCAAUUGGCUUUACGGCAUCGGCGCUGUGAUUGCAAUAGUACCAGUGAUCGCCUGGGCUUCAGUGAUGGGUGUUCACAACGACCACUCGUGCUGGGUGAUCUACACCGUCGACCACGUGCAGUGGAUCCUGGACGCACCCAGAAUCACGAUCCUCCUCGUCAAUACAGUCCUCUUCGUCGACGUACUGAGAGUUCUGCUCACCAAAAUCAGAAACGCCGAGAAUGCUAACCAACUGAGCACAGCGAAGACGACGUUGUUCCUAAUGCCCAUAUUCGGAUGUCAGUUCCUACUGACGGUGUUUAGACCUAACACAACCAAUUGCACGGGGGAGCAGGCGUACUUCUACGUCGCUUACGCGGUGGAAGGGUUGCAGGGAGUCAUCGUGGCCUUACUCUAUUGCUAUAUUAACAAAGAGGUCCGCAUGUUACUCAAAGCGACAUACAAGAAAACGGAGAGCAUGGUAGUAUCUCGCGUAAGACGUGACUCUCACUAUCCACGAAUGAGUAUAGACCCCAAAUCGGACAGACGAUUUACAUACAGUACGGCUGUCCCUACUCACAGCGUUGACGACACAAAAGAUCACGGCAGAAAUAUCACGCCAAAGCUGCACGUUGCCGAAAUUAUAUCUAUACAGGCCAGUGAGAGAUUAGCUGAUAUUCUAGAACCAGUUUACGAAACUAUAGAAAGUGGCGUAAUCAACGAAGGUUACGACUCUUUAGAAAGGUCCAGCGUGGACAACGACUCAGGGUUCAUAGCCAACAGGGGCACGAAAGGAGAUAACUACUACAACUUCACUAAUGUCUCCAGCGUAUCCAUAGAUUGUCAGGACUGGAUAAAGUGCGUAUCAUCACCAACGAGCAGCAUUUAUAACAAUUCUUUAAGUGAUUACGAAUCGAGAGAUAAAAAGUUUCCAACUCAUCCAAAUCUCAAAGAUUUUAUUGAAGUCAAAAAGAGAUUAUCGGCAUGUGAUAACAUAGUCGAAGCUGAUCCAAAUAAAGAGAAAGAUUGCGGAGACGAUAAAAAAGCUAGUUGCUCCAACGAACGGAAAUCUGUCGAUGAAUUUAAUGAAACUGAUGAAUAUGAUGACGAUAUGCUUGAUGAAAUAAUGCAAUAUAUAGAAACUAACGACGAAAACAGCGUCAAGCUGAACCCUGAUGCACUUAGCCCGAAUAGGAAAGAUGACGAAAAAAUUGUUUUUCUUGAAGACUAAUGGAUACUUGAAUUAUUGACAACAAAAACUUAUUUUUCAAUGUGAUUUAAAAGGUACUUAACAUUUCUGUAUAAAUGUGUAUUUUAGGGAUUAAGCAAACAGUAACGUAAAAAUUACUUCUUUUCUUCGAGAAGGGAUCCGUAUUAUUUUUGUGUCAAUGAUAUGUUAGUAAACAACAUCAAUAAAUUAAUGCAAUUUUAGUCCUUUGAUUUAUAAUAAUUUACAAUAAUUUUAUCACAGAUUUUCCUAUUAUGGUCACUUUAAGAAUACUCUGUGUAAGAUAUUAUUGGAUUUUUUAAUACUUUGUGUGAAUAUUUAAUUCAGAUGUCAGUAGAAAAUAUUUAUAUUAUAUACAUAUAUUAUACUUACCUAAAUUAAAACUUAGUUGUUAAUAUAAAUCAAUUCCUUCAUUUACUGCUGUUUUUCAAGUAGGUACAGAUACUUUUAUAAUUCAUAUUUUAGUAAAUAAACAUUGAUAUGGA